AUGGCGCAGGCGCUCUCAGCCAUAUCGACGGCUGCCCUCAGGUUUGCACAGCCCAGGGAGAGGCAGCUGCAGGUCCACCGCACCAGGUUCACUGUGUUGCAGUGGCAGGAACUAGAGAGCAUUUUCUGGCGCAAUCAAUACCCCGACGUGCCAACACGAAAUGAGCUUGCAAGGCGCAUGCAUGUGCCUGAAGCCAGAGUGAAGAGGUGGUUUAGGAAUAGGAGAGCCAGGUGGAGAAGACAACAGAGGACAUUAAUGCUGAGAAACAUGCCCCCCGUGAUCCAGGGCCCUCCUGUCUUCAUAAUCUGGAGAGCAUCCUAUAAUGCCCUACUUGUUCGGGAGCCAUAUUGGAGGCAGGUUUUUCUGCUGCCACCACCACCACCACUGCUGGGCCUGCCCCUGCUGCCAGUGCAGCCCAUGCCUUAUGUCUUCUUGCCUUUUGUGCCCUUGCCUCUUCCAUAUUUGCAUCCCGCUGGCCCAGGUUUCCCUGUCCUGGUCUGGUGUCUGAUCAUCAUCAAUCCCGUUCUCUACCCCAUUUUUUAAAGGAUUAUCUCUGUAUUUUUCCAAAUUGUUUUGAGGCCACCUUCAAAUUUUACACAGCACCCCAUCAAGAGCAUUUCACCAAACUCC